CAUAGGCAUGUUGAUGCCUCUUUAGUUCCUUUUAAAAUCGGUGACUGGGGACUAAGGAGAAGGGGCAGGGGGCGGUUGGCGAUGCCGGAAAGUCAAGAUCCCCUGUGUUUUGCUUUGGAAAUGUAUGUGAUUUUGUCCAUGAUGGUAGCAUAGCAAGCAGCAAGCCAUCGACAGAGAACCGGCAUCGCAUAAAUCUGCUGACAACAGGGUCACCAUUGACUGCCACCAUGCGUGGAGUGUCAAACCAGCCGGCUUCUGUGCAUCAGUUCCAUGGAGACCGGCUGCCGGCCGACUCGCUGCAGCAGCCACAUCUCACAGAAGAUGCCCUCCAGCGCAUGCCUGUCACGGGCAUUGGCAUGCCCGAGCCAGAUGCUGAACAGGACCAGAAGCCAGACCAGGAACCCAAGGGACAACAGCCAGCAGGCAGUCAGGCACUGGUCGCCCCUGACACAGCCGGCCUGCUGAACCUGGCCUCGCUGUUCUGCCGCGCUGGUGUGCCGGGCGCCGCCACGCCGCCUGCCGGGCCCGCGGCGCUAGACGGUGUCAAUCUGCACCCAUACCCACGCGGCCUUCUGCAGAUCGUCAGCAGUGUGCGCGGCCCGGUGGGCGCGCCGCCGGGCGCCUCCGAGCCGCAGCGAAACGGCCAGCCGCCGGCGGAGGCGCUGCGUGCGGAGCUGAGCGGACCCGCGCCGCCGUUCCCCCGUGUCGCCCAGGAGUCGGCGGCCGGUGCGGCCGAGCAGACCGCGGUCCGGGAGGAGAUUGCGGUGGCCUUGUCGGCGGCGCCGAGCCUGGGGCGGGCGCCCCCGAUCCGGCGCGCCCCGUCUCCGCCUCGGCAGGCCGAGCUGAAUGGCGAGAGCCAGCCCGGCGGUCCCUCGGACGACGCAUCCGGCCGGCCGGACGGGACGGCCCGAUCGGACGCCUCGACGGUGACAGCCGAGUCGUCGGUGGCGGCCCACGAGCCGCUGCCCGAUGACGACGACGACGAUGACGACCGUCGGUCUGUAGUGUCGACCGGCUCCACCUGGUCCGACAUCAGCGGCUUCGAGGAGGACCUCUGGCGGCUGCGGAGCGUGCUGCGCGACCCCACAGCGCCGGCCGAGCUGGCCGCGCCGGUCAGCUGGAGGCACUGCAAGGGCAGAUGA